AUGAGAAAACUGAAGAUGAAUCGGAUGUACUAUUUCCUGUUGCAUUUGAUAAUAGCGGACUAUUUGGUGGCACUGUUUAAUGUGUUGCCACAACUGGCCUGGGAGAUCACACACCGCUUCUAUGGCGGUAACACUCUCUGCAAAGUAAUCAAAUACUUACAGAUCUUAGGCCCGUAUCUGUCAUCGUAUGUAUUGGUGAUGACAUCGAUCGACAGAUACCAAGCGAUAUGUCAUCCGUUAACGAACUGUCAGUGGACUCCCGCCAGAAGUCAACUCAUGAUAUCCUUCGCGUGGAUUAUAUCGCUGUUGUUUUGUGUGCCGCAGAUUCUCAUAUUCAGUUACCAGGAAAUACCCGGCAAUCCCGGUGUCUAUGACUGUUGGGGUACAUUCCCAUUACAACCCUAUGGCGAGCGCAUAUACGUCAGUUGGUAUGCCAUCAGCUUCUUCUUCAUUCCUCUGGUUCUUCUCACCACAACUCACGUCUGUAUUUGUCGCGAGAUUUGGCGAAACGUUCACCAAAAGAGAAAAAGCUUCAAAUCGGAGCAAAACAAGAUCUUUCACCACAACAACGACGAUAUGUCCGACUGUUUGUCCACCGCUUCGUCCACUAAUGAGUCCAUCGGCCGCUCAACCAAUCUAUUGGUAACCGUCGGCCGAUCGUAUCGUUUCAAAGGCAAAGGACGAGUGGAGGUGUCGGUCGAUCGGUCAAAACCGGGCGCCGGUUAUAAUCCCAGAAGUCAUUCGCUGUUGGGUCUGACGAGGGCUAAGAUAAAGACCGUCAAAAUCACAGUCGUUGUCAUUGUUUGUUACAUAAUCUGUUCGUCGCCUUUCGUGUGCGUCCAGUUGUGGGCCUAUUGGGCCCCAAACGCCCACAAGUCCUCCUUCUGGAGUGGUAUGUCUUACUCCUAUACUUACUAUACAGUACUGUAG